CUGGCCAUGCGCGCCCUGUGGCUGGCGCUGUGCGCGCUGGCGCGGCUGUGGCCCGAGACCCUGGCCGGCUGCGCCGAGGCGGGCCGCUGCUGUCCCGGGAGGGACCCCGCUUGCUUCGCCCAUGGCUGGAGGCUGGACAGGGUCUACGGGACGUGCUUCUGCGACCAAGCCUGCCGUCUCACCGGGGACUGCUGCUUCGACUACUCCAGGGUGUGCCCAGCUCGCCCGUGCCUCGUCGGGGAGUGGAGCCCCUGGAGCGGUUGUGCGGCCCAGUGCAGACCCGCGGCCCGCGUGCGGAGGCGCCCGGUGCAGCAGGAGCCUCAGAACGGCGGGGCGCCGUGCCCACCGCUGGAGGAGCGAGCCGGCUGCCUGGAGUACUCCACGGCCCAGGGCCACGACUGCGGGCACGCCUUUGCCCCUGCCUUCAUAACUGCCUCUGCAUUCCACAAGGAGCGAACAAGACAUACCUCUUCUCCGCAGUGGUCUACAGGCACAGAGGAUCCUGGAUACUGUAUGGAGUUCAAGACCGAGUCGCUGACUCAUCACUGUGCGAUGGAGAACCGGCCUCUCACGCGAUGGAUGCAGUACCUCCGAGAGGGAUAUACAGUGUGUGUAGAUUGUCAGCCUCCAGCUAUGAACGCUGCGAGCCUUCGUUGCUCUGGAGAUGGACUGGACUCUGAUGGCAACCAGACGCUUCACUGGCAAGCUCUUGGCAAUCCUCGGUGCCAGGGAACUUGGAAGAAAGUUCGGCGAGUAGAGCAGUGUUCGUGUCCAGCUGUCCACAGCUUUAUUUUUAUAUAGUCUGUGAAGUACGCAUUUCCCAAUAGGUUUGUAAACCUGUGAAAGAUCAUCAGGUAAAACCCAGUGCUUCCUAAGCUGGCAAAAAACUGACCACAGUCCUUGAACACAUGGCAUGGCUAUACUAGCACUCAAGUCGAGAAAGAACAUUUAGGGAACAGUUCUCAAGAAACAGUGUGUCUUGAUUUUUACUGAGCUAGGGACUAUCUUCCACCUUCCAUCUGGAGCUCAUUCACCAAGUGGUCCGUCACACACAGAAUACACGGACUACGCUCACACUAACCUUACCAUACUUGACGCAUUUGUAGGUGAGGAAACUGUCAUUUAAAGGUGUCCACCCUUGAAUCUUACUUUCUUUCUUCAUAGUCUGUAAUCUUAUUGAAAACUUUAAAAAAAGAGAAAGCUUUCCACUUAAUAAAAAAAUAUAUAUAUACACACUUUCACACGUAAUUUGUAUAUGUUAGUUCAUAAUACUGAAUAAAUAAUGCCAAGUAAGACUAUCACAGGUGAUUCUCCACAGGGAACAUUGCUUAAGAUUUCAGUAAGCAAUUUAUAAAGAGAAAUUAACAACGUUCCAAAAAAAACUUUUUUUGAGGAAAAAACCCCACUUUUCUUUGAUUAGUUGAAAAAAGCCAAUCAUUGUUGGUCAGUAGGCAUUCCUUCAAAUGUUAUUUUCAUUAUGAGUAAUAUUGGACUUAAUGAAUUAACAUAAUACCUUAAUUAUGAAAAGUCUACCAUCAGAAGCAUCGAAGAUUAUUUCUGAGGCCUGGGGUUGACUAACCUAUCUUUCAGAGCCCAAUGCCAGGUAUAUGAGGGGACUUCAAAUUUCUCAUGGAAAAACAGGAUAAAAAAGAUGAUGUAAUUUUCCUAUGAAUGUUUUGAAACCUCCUCCUAUUUUGUUCCACACUAUUGAUUUCCUUGUGUUCGGCUCUAGUACCUGAGAGCCGGGUAGAUAAAGGGAGAGGGCAUGGAUUUUAUGACAUCUAUUAUGAUCUUUCUCAAUGGCACUUCAGUCUUCUGUGUUUUAUGGCUGGAAAACCAAGGAACGAGAGGCAAUGUGGCUUGUUCUCAGGACUUAGGAUAACGAGCCAUUCUGCAAGUCAGCUGCAGACCCAGAGCUGGCCCUCCUCCGGGACUCUGCUUCCAGGAAGAGUCUUCCACACCAACAACUCUGCUGGGAACACGAAGCCCUGCUAAUUUGGCAAACAGAGUUUACAUUCGGAAUGUGUUCCUUGGAGAAUUAAACCUCCAGAUUUAAACUAGGAAAUUUGGUGUUAGUUGUAGAGGAUAUCAUUCACUAAUAAAUUAUGAUAAAAUUGCCUAUUUCUUGGUACUUACCAUGUACUCCCGGGAUGCCCACAACAAGCUUAAUCGUGAUGGAGAUAUUCCUGGUAUUACAUGCUGAGGGGUAACAGUUUUUCU